CCCGUCAUGAUUGGCUUCGCGGCCAUCAUCUUCAGUCACCCGGAGUUCGCGGACGCUCUGCCCAUCCUCACGAAGCUCGUCUUCGCGUCGAGUGUGGUGCACCAGCUCGUGGUCACGAGCCUCUCGCCGCUGCCCUUCGCCAUCGGACAGGUGCAAGACACGGGCAUGAUCUUCCUGGCCAGCAUGGCCGCGUCCAUCAUGACGCAGCUGGGUCCGACCGUCCCGCUGGAGGAGCGAGUCGCCACUGUUCUCGCGCACUUGAGCAUCAGCACGAUGCUGGUGGGAGUGGGGUUGAUCCUCACGGGCAAAGCGCGUCUGGCUUCGCUCGUGCAGUACCUGCCGACGCCCGUGAUAGGCGGCUACUUGGCUUAUGUCGGUUUCUUCAUGGUGAAAGGCGGGAUCUCUCUCACAACCGGCGUGAAUCUUGCAUCUGUAUAUGGCUGGGGUGUGCUGGUGAGCUCGACUCACAGCUUGACGCUGCUAGCGCCAGCCUUGGUGGGUGGUAUCAUGCUGGCAGUUCUUACUUCUCGCUUUCGGCACUUUGCUGUGUUCCCUAGUUGCAUCUUGGUGCUUCCUGCAAGCUUUUUCCUCGUGGUUUGGAUCUCGAAUUAUGCUCUGGACGACGCACGCGCCGCGGGAUUUCUCGAAGAGAGUGGAAAGGGGGCAUCCUUCACGGACGUGUAUUCAAUGUUUGAUUUCUACCAUAUUCACUGGAGGGCCAUGCCUGGGCAACUCCCAACUAUGUUGAGCAUGUUCGUGAUGAUCGCGUUUGCUUCGUCACUGGAUAUCGCCUCCAUCUGCAUGGGAACCACCAGCAAUAUGAACUACAACCAGCAGCUCCAAACUGUUGGCAUGUCCAACCUGAUCAGUGGCCUUACUGGAGGCUACACGGGCUCGUACAUAUUCAGUCAAACACUAUUUACUUCACGCUUUCGCCCCAGCUCAACGGCUGAAGCAAGUUUCCCGGGAAUUACGAGGCUCGUUGGAGUCACGCUCGCUGUCUGCGAGCUGGCGAUCGUUGUGACGCCGAUUUCACUCAUGGCACUUGUGCCCAAAUUCCUGUUCGGCGCUGUAAUGAUUUUUAUCGGUAUCGACUUGCUCAAGACGUGGCUGGUGGGCGUAUACCGCAAACUUCUCUUCGCUGAGUACUUGACUGUGGUGGGGACGUUUUGCUGCUUAAAUGGCUUUGGAGUUCAGUUGGGACUAGCCACGGGGAUCGCACUAGCAGCAGCAAGUUUCUUGGUAGAAUACGCCAAGGCUCAGGACGUUCGAAUCAUGCACAAAACCAGCAACGUCAUCCGCAACGCUGAUCAGCACGCAUUGCUUUACGGUUCCAACCUGGAGAGUAACAGUUCGCGGCAGCAGGAUGCCAUUGUCACGAUCGAGCUGCAAGGCCACAUCUUCUUUGGCUCAGCCACCCGCAUCCAAAACUGCGUGAAAAGCGCUGUUUACGUCCGCUCACUGCUAGGAGGGGACGAAAGUGAUAACUCAAACUCGAACACUGAUGAAGCUUCGAGGGAAACGGAGAUGCUUCCACUCCUAUCGACCAGACAAGAAAACCAAGCAAAGUACAACGACGAAACUUGCGUCAAAAUGUCCCCUGCAUUGGUGAAUCUACACGGGCAACCGUGUCUCGACCGGGAACGCCGACCCACAAAAUUCGUUGUUCUGGAUUUUACUCAAGUGAGCGGAAUGGACGCUACUGCAGCACGGUCGUGCUUCUUGGCACUCAAGCUUUCAUUUAGCCUCGGUAAAGUUUGUGCGGUUUACUGUGGGAUGAAGCCAAGCAUCGAGUUUCUGCUGCGGGCCAACGACCCCCAGCAAAGGGAAUCGUACGUUACAUCGGAUCUGGACCUAGCUUUGGACUGGUGCGAGCAGCAGCUUAUUCUUUCGGCGGCAAAGCGGCGAUCACUUCGUUCAGGACAU